CAGAUCAUAAGGCCUCCACUCUUCACUUUCGAAAAUGGCGUUUAAAUUGACCGUAACAAACGUUUUAAAAGGAAUAACAACACAGAUAACAAACAAACAUAGUUUUGUUGCAUGUUUUAUAACAAGUAAAAAAUUCUUGGCAAAAGCAACAAUCACUACUUUCAGCUAUAACCGCGCUCCUAGUUUUGCUGACCCAGAUGGGGCAAACAAGGAAAGACAGCCUGUAUCCCAACAGUUGAACCUCCCAAGUAGUUAUCUUGGCUCGUUUCCAUAUUUAUCAGAAGCAGAGCUUGAAGAACCACCACCACGAGUAUCCGCUCCUGUGCGAAGAAUUCUAGAAAACAGCAAAGUAAGGCGCGUCGAUGGUCAGGUUAUAAAACCUAAAUACAACGCACGAAAAUUCGCACAGCUGCGUAAAAAGUACAUUGCAGCUGGUUACUACUGGCCAGAUAAGCCGAUGAGAGAUAGGAACCUGGACCGAGCUCCGGCUGGUGGAAUAAGGGAGAAAAGGCGCGAAGAAAGGAAAAAGAAAAUCGAAGAAGCAAUGCUGAAUAUGCCAGAAAUCGUGGCUGAAUACAGAAAAAGAAUCAAUGCACUAAGAGACAAACGAAAAGAAGAACGCGAGAAGAAUAAAACAAAAACAGCAAAAAUUCGUGCAUUGGGACUCCAUCCUAACGACCCACGUGCAAAGCAAAUUCUCCAUGAAGGGACUCAAUUUGAGGCGAAAACUAAAGAAAAGACGAAAAGUAAAAAGAAGUUUCAAGGAAAGUCGAAAUAAUGCUUGCAAUUGGUCAAAACGUCCAUUUUCUAUCAACAACCUACAAGAAAUGAAACUAGAUAGCACUGUUUGUUCUGUAUAAUAAGAGGCUUCUGCGUUUGCUUUUAUAGUAUGUAAUUA